CUAAGCCAAUGCGACUAGCCGCACGAAGUGGGCGCAGGCUGGAUGGUCGAGCAAAUACGGACGCAUGCACAUUUAACGAAAUGCCUACCCGAUUGUCUAACUACCUCGAAAGUAGCAUCCUACCGGGCUUCUAGCUCUAUUCUUUAAUAUGGCAUGUUGGUCCGGUGCGGCCAGGUUUCAGCGCAUCGUGCGCCGGCUGCCUCUUCAGGAAAGGAUGAAGUGAUCGCUAUAUGGCCGGUGGUCGAUGGGGGCUGAAAGGGUCGAUUGUCAUAGGAUAGGGAUGACUCCGGAAUAAGCUCCGCCCGUCGCGGGCCCCGUCUCGAGCGGCCGCUCUAUAGCGUCUUUUCCGACAGUCUGGCUUCGUGGCUUGUGGGAAGACAAAUCGCGGAUAAGGAAGGGGGCGCUGGAGGAGGUGCCGAUGCGACGAGGCAGCUUUUCUGGUGAUGAGAAGAAUGAAUACGGGCGAGUAUAACCGGAGUGGAGGACGGGAGAAAGAAACGAGGGGAAAGAAAAAAAAAGACAGCGUGGAGGGGCUGAUCUUGAGGCUCGCCAACCAGUCAGCUACCAAACCGCGGAGAUGGGGAUCAUCACCUCCCCUGACAACUCGAUCCCAUUUCUUUUCUUCUUCUUCUUCUUCCUCCUCAAGCUGCACCACAAACAUGCCUACAUACACAUGCACAUGCAUAAUACCUGACUACGUACAUACCCAUCCACAACUGGUACACCCACACGCACUCGCGCUCAUCACUUGCACUUUUCACUUAUACACUCGCCUCAACAUCCCCCCGUCCCUAGGCGGCACCAUGGCUCGGUUGGCGCAUUGUGCCGCCAGUACGCUCCCAAUAACCCACGAGCAAUUCCGGCGCCGUGAUUGGUAUAGUCCCCCCCUCGCGAGGAACCCCAAAGGAAAACCUCGACGGUUGCGCGGUUUCGUGGCAUUGGGGGUAACUGACCACGCAGGGCCUAGAAUGGGGGAGGGGCCUAGGUUGCGUUCUUCAAUUUCUAGUUGCAGCCCGGGGCUGCAGUCUCGAGAUGCCGCACGUAACGAGGAACUGAACCUUUCCGCAACGAUAUGUCCCUCUUGUCCUCUGUUGGCGAUGACAUGCCACCCCAGAUGGCUCUACAUCAGGUCGGCUGCAACAUCACCGUAGAUAGGUCACGUCGAGGGGGGGAGGGGGG